CUCUCCUCUCCUUCUUUCGUGUUGUAAUUUCAGUCGCAGUGAAUGUCUAAUUAUACUUAGUGUCUGAAUUCAUCUGCCUAUAUUUUCAGCUCGUCUGAAGUUCAUUAUAUAUAACAACACUUAUCUUUGGCUCUUUCUUCCGAACUAACCUCCACACUUCGCUUUCUCGUUGUUGAUUCGAAUGAUUAGCCAAAAGUACCAAUACCGCGAUUAAAAUCUGACUUGACUGAUCACCAUGACGGCCACCACGUAUCUGGAUCGCUAUAGAAACCUCGUUCUCACCGAACAGAAAAAGAACCUGCUGAUUGAGGAACUCCUGCAGCGAGUGGCGCAGCUUGAAGAUGCAUUCGAACAGGAAAAGCUUGAUCAUGAGCGCGAGAAGCGCUUCAACCGAGAUAUUCAAGUACAUGAGAUGGAACUAAUGGGACAGGUCUCUCGGUUCCAACUUUCCAUGAACCGCCAACCCUACAUAAUUGUUCUCUUGGACGGGUCUGGGUUCAUUUUCAAGGAUGAGUACCUCCAAAAGGGGACGCAAGGCGGGAAACUCGCGGCCCAGAAGCUUCACGACGAGAUUGAGGCUUUUAACACCGACCAGCUCCCCAGCGCCAAGGGCCCCAAAUUGUUGACAAGAAUGUAUAUCAAUGUGAAAGCACUAAGCGAGACCUGUAUUCGAGGCGGCAUAACCACCGAUCCCUCGUUGCUGCAGGACUUUAUUCGUGGCUUUAAUAGUUGCUAUCCUUCGAUUGACAUCGUGGACACGGGCGCCGAAGCGGAUAGUGCACACAAUAAGAUCGCUGAGGCCUUCAAACUCAAUCUCUACAAUUGCCACUGUCAUCAAAUUCUCCUGGGUUGUGCGGACGAGAAUUCCUUCUUCCAGGUUCUGGGAGAUCACCUUGACGACAAGGACCUGAUGGGACGAGUGACCUUGCUCGAAGCAUUGCCGUUUGGAGAGAACUUGAAUGCCGUUAGCUUAUCGUUCAGGACUCUGCAGUGGCCGGAGAUCUUUCGCGACUCGAAAAUCUUUCCCAUCUGGUCUCCCUGGAAAGCGGCCGUGGCCACACAGCCCCGCUCUCAGCUCACUCCGUCACCUAAGCCGGAGACAAAGCUCCCACCACGGUCUGCGAACCAAGCGUCCACAACCCCCAGCGUAUCACUAUCGCUCGCCUCAACCAGACCAUCCAGCCCAGAAGAGAAGUUUCAGGUGGUGCGCUCCAAAGCGGCCGCGCCCGCACAGCCUAAGGUCGUCGAGCGCAACAAAUACGGACAACGAGUCGACAGGCUGGACAUGAAGAGAAUUAACCAGCAGGACAUGAAUCGCCUCAAGAAGCUGAAACUGUGCAAUUACUACCAUCUGCAGGGGGAGUGUCCCAUGGAUGAUUGCCAGCAUGAUCACUCGCAUAAAUUAACAAGAAGCGAACAUGUAAUGUUGACAGCCAUUGCUCGCAUGAUUCCCUGCCGCUAUGGACUGGAAUGCAACGACCCCGAAUGUACGUUUGGACACCGGUGUCCCUAUAGUGAGCCGGGUCAGAGAGAGUGCCAUUGGGGCUCCAGUUGUCGGUUCGAACCAGCCUCGCAUGGCAUCGAUACCACUGUUGUGAAGGUGACUAAGAUUUAG